AUGACCAGGGGCCAGAGCAGCCCAGAAUUCUUCUCUGCAUGGCGUUGGAAGGUGUACGAUCGCCAGCCCCACCAACGCAUACCCCUUCUACAGGCAAUGGAGGAGGCUUGUGGAGACAUCGAUCAGGGGUCAUGCCAGGCCUGGAUACGGGACUCCAGGCGAUACUUUCCACGCUGCCUAGCUCAAGACAACAUCGCAUGUGAUGUGGAUGAACCAGCGGGACACAAUACAUGGGGAGAUGACCAACCAAUCACUGUUGAUGAGGGGAGUGGAACCUCAACCCAGCACAUUAUAGUGAUAGAGUCUGCAGAUACAGAGACUGUAGGUCCUGGGGUCAAGCUGGAGCGGUCUGAAGGAGAGGAGGACCCACGGCAACGCAGAGACAUCCAGACUGGAGCGGCUGGAGAGCCCCCUGUAGCCACAAAGGACCCCACUACCACCCCAGCGCAGCCCAGGACCAGAUGCAGCAUCACGGAGGUCAGUGGAACGCCGAACGCCGUCCUCAAGUCAGAGACAGACACCAAGACUUUAACUGUAACACAAAUGCUCUCACACACAGGAUCUGACCACAGAUCAGACCCAAAGAGACUGAGUCUGGGUAGACUGGGCUGUCCUCCUUCUCCCGGCUCAGAGUACUUAUCGGUAUUACACCAGAGCCAGGGAACGGUUAAUUCCUAUGGAGAUAAGUUACGCGUUAAACACUGGAGGUGAUGAUCCGUCUUGUUCUUACACCACAGAGAUGGACCCUGGCAACAUAUCCUUGGAUUUAGAGACACAGACUGAUCUGUCUAGAGGGGACUGGAACCGGUAC